AUGUUCGCUAGGCCCAUCAGGCUGACAAUGGACCUCCUACUCUAUAUAUUCGCUCUUCUUCCACUGGUCCAAGCGUGGACAUUUCGAUACACCAACUCAUCCAACGAGACGACCACCAUCCACGGGACCAAGAAUUUGGACUGUACCGAUAUCGAUCUUCCUAAUAAAAAUGCAGUCUCAUGGGAUCCCGAAGACACUUUGAAGGCUUGCCUUUUGAUAUAUCAUCGUACAGAAUGCCCGGAUAGCGAGCACAGCCCGAGCGACUUCAACACCUCCUGCACAGAUUAUAAAUGGGAGGCCUUCGCUGGCGGCGGGCGCUUUCGCGGUAUCAGAGUACUCGUCUCGGGAGCACCAACCGCCACAGCCUCUAUCUCUACUGCGACCCAGACUACAGCGACUACAGGGACUUCAAAAAGUCCAUCUACAUCCUCCGAUUCCUCCUCUGGGUCGACCUUAUCCGGCGGUGCGAUAGCCGGAAUCGUUGUUGGUCUCGUAUGUGCUUUCCUCAUCGUCGCUGCGAUAUUCUUCUUCCUUGGCCGUCGAAAACGAAAAGCCAAGCUCGCAAAUCAGCAGAAUACACCCCAGGGCCCGUAUGAAGCAAGCGCGACCGGGAACGCAAAGGCAGAUGUGCUCACUUCCGCGAAGAGCAUGUCGGAGAAGAAACCUGCCGACUCGCACCCCACUGGCGUCGGACCGGCUCCUGGCUCUCAGCUUGCCGAAUUGGCUGGAUCUGGGCAAAAUCAGCCCGCGGAGCUUGCGACCAAUUCAGUUCACGAAUUAGACGCUCAUAACUAG